AUGUAUCAAAACUCUGGUAAAGCAACUGAAAUGGUAACAACCGAUGGUCAUCCAGAAAAACAAAAGGAUAACAGAGAGGAAGACAAAAACGAAGAGGCCGUAGAGAAAGAAAAACCUUAUUUACUUAAAGAGAUCUUAUCCAAUAAGAAAAAGCUCGAGGAUAGUGAGAUUGUUACACUUACUGCUGAGUGUAGCGCUAUAAUCCAAAAUAACAUGCCUCAUAAGUUAAAAGAUCUAGGUAUGCUAGAGAACGUUCUCGUUCGCAUAGAUCAAUUUUAUAUUCCUGCCGAAUUUAUAAUAAUGGACAUAAAGGAGGAUUUCAACAUCCCUAUCAUUUUAGGAAGACCCUUUUUGGCCACUACCGGAGCUAUCAUAGAUGUGAAGAAAGGAAAGCCAACCUUUGAGGUUGGUGAAGAAAAAGUUGAAUUUAUUCUAUCACAGUUCUUAAAGGCAUCAACUCUAGAAGAUUCGUGUUAUUUCCUAGACGUCAUUGACGAAUGA